AUGUUUCCAUCUUUCGACCACCACCUCCAUCCACCGCCUGGAGUCGGACUCAAUCCGCAAAACACAAUGCUCCAACCGCUUCGAUUCGUCCGAUUACUAAGUAUGAGAGCUCGUACACAGAUUCCGCAGACAUUGUCAUACGUUGAAGGGGCGACAAUCCUUCUUCGCGGAGGGGGCGACAGGGGACCAAUCUGUCUGCAAACUGUAGUAUUUUGUGGCAUCGAUCGUAGCAUGCCUGGUGUCUGGUGCUUUCUCUAUGCAGGAGGUGAUACCGUUCUGUCGGGCUUGUCGUCGUUGUUGUCGCGGGACGUUGCAAACUUUGUCGGGGGUGAUAGGCGACCCAUAACCUAUCGGUGGCUGUGGUGUUGA